ACGCGUCUCCUCCCCGCCGGGAGCGCGCUCCUCUCGCCCUCGCGCCGGGUCCCUCUCAGUCUCUUCGAGCCGCGCACUCUCCGGAGCUCCUGCCACGGCCGUCGCCUCGGCCGCGGCUCUCUAGCCCGGAAGCUCAGCCUCGCCCCUCCGGAGCCGCGUCCCAGGCCUCCUCCCCUCUUUCCGACACUCCCCUUCCCUUUCCCGCCCUUCUCUCCCACCCGGUCCGUCGAGAGAGCCUGGAUACGAAGCAGGCGGGCUUGAGAAGGGAGUUGGGAAAAUGGAGGUGCCGCGCCUGGAUCAUACCCUCAACAGCCCCACCAGCCCCUGUGAGGAGGUGAUCAAAAACCUCAGCCUGGAGGCCAUUCAGCUGUGCGACCGGGACGGGAACAAAUCACAAGACAGUGGCAUAGCAGAAAUGGAAGAACUUCCAGUACCACAUAAUAUCAAAAUAAGCAACAUUACAUGUGACUCAUUCAAGAUUUCAUGGGAAAUGGAUUCAAAGUCAAAGGACCGUAUUACACACUAUUUCAUUGACCUCAAUAAGAAAGAGAACAAGAACUCCAAUAAAUUUAAACACAAGGAUGUUCCAACAAAAUUGGUGGCAAAAGCUGUUCCCUUGCCAAUGACUGUCCGUGGACACUGGUUUUUGAGCCCAAGAACUGAGUAUACAGUCGCAGUGCAGACUGCCUCAAAACAGGUUGAUGGUGAUUAUGUUGUGUCUGAAUGGAGUGAAAUUAUAGAAUUCUGCACAGCAGACUAUUCAAAAGUUCAUCUAACACAGCUGUUGGAGAAGGCUGAAGUGAUUGCAGGACGGAUGCUUAAAUUUUCUGUUUUUUAUCGUAACCAACACAAAGAAUAUUUUGACUAUAUUCGAGAACAUCAUGGGAAUGCUAUGCAGCCAUCUGUCAAGGAUAACAGUGGUAGCCAUGGCUCUCCUAUCAGUGGAAAAUUAGAAGGCAUCUUCUUCAGCUGCAGCACUGAAUUCAAUACUGGGAAGCCACCCCAGGAUUCACCUUAUGGAAGAUACAGGUUUGAGAUUGCAGCAGAAAAACUUUUUAACCCCAAUACUAACUUAUACUUUGGGGACUUCUACUGUAUGUACACUGCUUAUCAUUAUGUGAUUCUUGUCAUUGCCCCUGUGGGAUCACCAGGAGAUGAAUUUUGUAAGCAGCGCCUUCCUCAGCUAAAUUCCAAGGAUAAUAAAUUUUUGACCUGCACAGAAGAAGAUGGGGUGCUGGUUUACCACCAUGCCCAGGAUGUCAUUUUAGAAGUCAUUUACACUGAUCCUGUGGAUCUUUCUCUGGGCACUGUAGCAGAAAUCACUGGUCAUCAGCUCAUGAGUUUGUCUACUGCAAAUGCAAAGAAAGAUCCCAGCUGCAAAACCUGUAAUAUCAGUGUUGGACGUUAAUGCCCACUUUUCUUAUUCUUACUCAGUCCCUUUUCUUCCCUUAGGAGCAUUGAUCCUCUGUUGUCCAUUCUCAUCACCAGAUGUUUUCCACUGAAGCAUGCACAUGCCGCUAUCACCAAAAGCAAAGUGCCAUUUU